GUGAGAGGAGACUCCUGGCGGGGGCCUGCCUCGGCACUGCCAUGAACCACUUCCAGGCCAUUCUGGCUCAGGUGCGGACACUGCUCUCCAACCAGCAGCCCAGGCAGGUUCGGGCCCUCCUGGAUGGCCUGCUGGAAGAAGAGCUGCUGUCCCGGGAGUACCACUGUGCCCUGCUCCAUGAGCCUGAUGGCGAGGCUCUGGCUCGCAAGAUUUCCCUGACGCUGCUGGAGAAAGGGGAUUUAGACUUGGCUUGCUCAAGCUGGGUCUGCAGCAGGCUCCAGGCUCCGGUGGUAGAGAGAGGCAGCAGCUACAGGGACCAUGGAGGCCAUAGUCUGUGUGCCACCAUGGAACUGGGGCUUCCGGAGGGCAGCUACCUGGAGCUCCUUAACAGCGAUGCCGACCCCCUACACCUUUACCACUUCUAUGACCAGAUGGACCUGGCUGGGGAGGAGGAGAUCGAGCUCAACUCAGAGCCGGACACAGACACCAUCAACUGUGACCAGUUCAGCAAGCUAUUGCAGGACAUGGAGGGGGAUGAAGAGACCCGGGAGGCCUAUGCCAACAUUGCGGAACUGGAUCAGUACGUGUUCCAGGACACCCAGCUGGAGGGCCUCAGCAAGGACCUCUUCAAGCACAUUGGAGAAGAGGAAGCCUUCAGUGAGAGCGUGGAGGUCCCUGUAGAAGCAGGACCGAGGCCUCAAAAGAGACGCUCCCCAGAAGAGCACUCUAUGGACCCAAAGCACAGGAAGCUAGUGCCCACCUCUACAUCCUCACUGAACUGUUUGGAUCUCCCCAUCGGACACAUCCAGCUCCUUCCCACUCUGACACAGGGACUCUGGCAAAUAUCAGGGGCUGGCACAGGGCUCCCCAGUGUUCUGAUCUACCAUGGUGAGAUGCCCCAGGUCAAUCAAGUGGUCCCUUCAGGCAGCCCCAUUGUCCCCAGCCUCCCCAAGUCCCCAGACAGGCUGGGCUCCAUCAGCCCCUUCGCACCGUCUGCAGCUGACCUACCCAGCAUGCCCGAACCUGCGCUGACUUCCCGUGCACACGAGACGGAGGACACAACAUCCCCUUCCCCAUGCCAAGAGGAUCCUGAGUCUUCCAUCAAGCUUCCAAAAUGGCCAGAGUCUGUGGAGCGGUUCCAGAACUCCCUGAAGGACAAGUACCAGGUGGGGCCCGAGAGCCUGAGCGGGCCCCUGGUAGCCAUGGAGCUGGUGCGGGCCAGGUUGGAGAGAGGCAGCAACAAGAGCCAGGAAAGGGAGCUAGCCACUCCAGACUGGACAGAGCGCCAGCUAGUCCAUGGUGGCCUGGCUGAGGUGCUUCAGUCUGUUGGCAACCGCCGGCGACCACGAGAGACACAGGUGGUCGCUGUGCUGGGCAAGGCUGGCCAGGGCAAGAGCCACUGGGCCCGGAUGGUGAGUCAGGCCUGGGCCCAUGGCCAGUUGCCACAAUAUGACUUUGUCUUCUAUGUCCCUUGUCACUGCUUGGAUUGUCCGGGGGACACUUACCACCUACAGGAUCUGCUCUGUCCCCCAAGCCUGCAGCCACUGGUCAUGGAUGAUGAGGUCUUAGGUCACAUUGUGAGGCAACCAGAGCAUGUCCUGCUCAUUCUCGAUGCUUUUGAGGAGCUAGAGGCCCAAGAUGGCCUCCUACAUGGACCAUGUGGACCUCUGCCCCCAGAGCCCUGCUCCUUCCGGGUGCUGCUAGCUGGGCUUUUUCAGCGGAAGCUGCUGCGAGGCUGUACCCUGCUCCUCACAGCCCGGCCCCGGGGCCGCCUGGCUCAGAGCCUGAGCAAGGCGGAUGCCAUCUUUGAGGUGCCCAGCUUCUCUACUGAGCAGGCCCAGACGUACAUGAGACACUACUUUGAGAACUCAGGGACAGCAGGGGACCAAGACAAGGCCCUGGGCCUCCUGGAGGGUCAGCCUUUUCUCCUCACCCAUAGUCACAGCCCUGCUCUAUGUGGGGCUGUGUGCCAGCUCUCCAAGGUCCUGCUGGAACAGGGCACAGAGACCCAGCUGCCUUGCACACUUACAGGACUCUAUGUCGGCUUGCUAGGCCCCGCAGCCAGAGACAGUCCUCCAGGGGCCUUAGUUGAACUGGCCAAGCUGGCUUGGGAGCUGGGCCGCAGACACCAAAGCACCUUGCAAGAGACCCAGUUACUGUCAGUGGAGGUGAGGACCUGGGCAGUGACCCAAGGCUUGGUGCAAUCGGCCCUGGGGACCACAGAGGCCCAGCUGGGCUUCUCCAGUUUUCUGCUACAGUGCUUCCUGGGUGCUGUGUGGCUGGCACAGUGCAAUGAAAUCAAAGACAAGGAGCUGCCACAGUACCUGGCCUUGACCCCAAGGAAGAAGAGACCCUACGACAACUGGCUGGAGGGUGUACCACGCUUUCUGGCUGGGUUGGUUUUCCAGCCUCGAGCCCACUGCCUGGGAGCUCUGAUGGAGCCUGCAGUGGUGGACAGGAAACGGAAAGUUCUUACCCGGUACCUGAAGCGCCUGAAGCUGGGGACUCUGCGGGCCGGGCGACUGCUGGAGCUGCUGCAUUGUGCCCAUGAGACACAGGACCCUGGGAUGUGGGAGCACGUGGCACGCCAGCUCCCUGGGCACCUCUCCUUCCUGGGCACCCGGCUCACACCCCCAGAUGUGCACGUGCUGGGCAGGGCCCUAGAGACGGCCAGCCAGGACUUCUCCCUGGACCUCCGUCAGACCGGCAUCGAACCCUCUGGACUGGGGAACCUCGUGGGACUCAGCUGUGUUACCAGUUUCAGGGCCGCCUUGAGUGACACAAUGGUGCUAUGGGAGUCCCUUCGGCAGCGGGGAGAGCCCCAGCUACUCCAGGUGGCAGAGGAGAAGUUCACCAUUGAGCCAUUUAAGGCCAAGUCUCCAAAGGAUGUGGAAGACCUGGACAGCCUCGUGCAGACCCACAGGCUGAGAAACCCCUCGGAGGAUGCAGCUCCGGAUCUUCCUGCCAUCCGGGACCUUAAGAAGCUAGAGUUUGCGUUGGGUCCGGUCUUGGGUCCCCAGGCUUUCCCCACACUGGCAAAGAUCCUUCCGGCGUUCUCAUCCCUGCAGCACCUAGACUUGGAUUCACUUAGUGAGAACAAGAUCGGGGACGAAGGUGUGUCGAAGCUCUCAGCCACCUUUCCUCAGCUCAAGGCCCUGGAGACGCUCAACCUGUCCCAAAACAGCAUCACCGAUGUGGGUGCCUGCAAGCUUGCAGAAGCCCUGCCGGCCCUGGCCAAGUCCCUCCUGAGGCUGAGCUUGUACAAUAACUGCAUCUGUGACGCAGGAGCCAAGAGCCUGGCACAAGUGCUUCCGGACAUGGUGUCCCUGCGGGUGAUGGAUGUCCAGUUUAACAAGUUCACGGCUGCCGGUGCCCAGCAGCUGGCCUCCAGCCUUCAGAAGUGCCCUCAAGUGGAAACACUGGCAAUGUGGACACCCACUAUCCCCUUUGGGGUUCAGGAACACUUACAGCAGCUGGAUGCCCGGAUCAGCCUGAGAUGACCCUGCUGUGCCCUGGACAAGCAUGGACUCUGGGACACUGACCACGCUGGACCUUGAACUGGGUACUGUGGACUCUGCUCUUCUGUGGGCCGUAUUCCAUGAGAGUCGGCCUCCGGUAACCCUGCCCCUGCAGGCUCGGAGUUGGGCUCUGCCUAGAUGAGGAACGGACACAUGUCUCGCUCUUCUCCAGGCUGCAAGAGCAGCUACAGGCUCUUGAGUGCCAGGCAGGAAGCUGGCCCCAUUCAGUGGCUGUGAGCAGUGGCGGGCAGGCUGGGGCUGCAUUCAGUGGAUCCACCCAGGAGGCCGAAGGCCUUCUCUUUGACGGUCCAGGCCAGAGCACGGAACUGAAGCAGCCAAGCACCUGCCUGGCCAGGCCAGGGCCAGCCUGGUGAGAAGGCACUUCUCCCCUGCCGCUCCCCUGACAGGGCCUGCUGUGCAGACACUAAGUGUGGCCCUGGCCUGCAGACCUCUAAACGCAGCAGGGAGUCUACGGCAGCUCUUUCUACUUGUGGUACUGUUUCCACAAACUUUCAGUCAAGGCCUGAGCUGGCUACGACCCUGGAUGUGAACCAAGAGCCAGGAACGGUAGACUGCAGGACAGGAGGGCUGCAGCCGGGAGCUGCUCUGCCUCUUCACAUACUCACUACAUUUCAAACGCACUCUCACUGCAGCUCUGGGGCUUGGUUCAUCCCGCAAGUUCCAUCUGGGGGAUCCCUUCUGUCCUGGUAUCCAAUGCAAAAGAAACCACCCAAAACACAAGAACUUAAAACAGUCCACACUUCCAUUCUGCCCCAACCCCUGUCCUUCAGGCAGGCUCAGAAGAGACAGCCCACCUGGCCCCACCAAACCUCUGAGUCAAUUGGGGCAGCUAGAAGCCGGACUGGAAUCAUCUG